AUGGUGCUCUGGACGACAAUUUCACUGGCAGUGUGGGCUCCAUUUGUCACGGCCCAGUUUGUGCCUGCACCAACUGACCUGAUCACGAAGAAGGGACAUGCCGGUGUUAAUGUUCGAUAUAAGGAGGUGCCUGCCGGAAUCUGUGAACAGGAUCCUAAUGUGAAGAGUUAUUCUGGUUAUGCUGAUGUUGGCGAGGACCAGCACAUCUUCUGGUGGUUUUUCGAGGCUAGAAAUGGCGAUCCGAAAGAUGCGCCACUGACAGUCUGGAUCAAUGGAAGGCCAGGCUCAUCUUCGAUGAUUGGCUUGUUCCAGGAACUUGGCCCUUGUGGAGUUGACCAUGAUGGUAAUGUAUACAACAACCCUUAUUCAUGGAGCAACGUGAGCAAUAUGCUCUUUGUUGACCAGCCUGCGACGGUUGGAUUAUCGUAUUCAGUGCCCAUCCCAGGUUACGAGGAUGAUGACGGAAACAUUAUCCAACUGCCCAGCGAGGAAUGCCCUGACUAUGCCCAGAAGCACGAAACAUGUGGCACGUACUCUAAGCCGGACAUUGCGCUAGUUCCCAAUACAACCGCCAGCGCAGCUCCAAACAUGAAUGGCUUCAAUUUCGCCACAGAGAGCUAUGGCGGUCACUAUGGUCCUAUCUUCAAUGAGUAUUUCGUGGAGCAGAACAAGAAAAGGAUUCACAAUGCUGUCAAAAUUGAUCUUGAGAACAUUCUUAUUGGAAACGGAUGGUUUGAUCCACUGAUCCAGUACCAAUCAUACUACAACUUCUCCAUCUUCCCAGGGAACUCAUAUGAUUACAAUCCAUACAACGACUCCGUCAAAGCAGAAUGGUAUAACAACCUCUACGGAGAAGGAAACUGCCUUGAUCAAACCCAGGAGUGCUAUACCACUGGCCGAAACGACAUCUGCUUCGCGGCCGACAAUUUUUGCGCUUCAAAAGUCGAAUCACUUUACGGUAUCUAUUCCGGACGAGAUGAGUACGAUGUGCGCGAAUUGACACCCGACCCCUUCCCAUACACCUUCUAUGUGGAUUAUCUCAACACUCCCAAAGUACAAGCUGCUAUCGGCGCGUAUCAAAACUUCUCGGAAUACUCUAUAACUGUGGGCAACGCCUUUUGGAACACAGGUGAUGAUGAUCGUGAGUCCGGAACCAUCGAGGCCGUGAGGAAGUUGCUGGAUGCUGGUGUACAGGUUUCUCUUUAUUUCGGAGAUGCUGACUACAACUGCAACUGGCUUGGGGGGCAAGUCGUCGCGGAGGAGAUCAACGCCCGAGGCUACGAGCAUGCUGGAUUUGUCAACAUCACCUCCUCGGACGGUAUUGUUCAUGGACAAGUUCGUCAAAGCGACUUGUUUAGCUUUGUGCGUGUCUACGAGUCCGGUCACGAAGUGCCUUUCUACCAGCCCUUGGUGUCGCUAGAAAUGUUCGAGAGAAUUCUGCUGAGAAAGGACAUCGCGACUGGCAAAAAACAUGUGAGGCCACACGGUGGAUAUCGGACGGUAGGAACUCCCACAAGUGACUACCGAGAGGGCAAUAGUACAAUUGUUCUCACGAUCCUGGAUGACAAUGCUACCUACAACACCACCCUUAAUGGACCUAACCCGUCUAGUUCAACCAAGUUGCGAAGACAGGGUAUGUGA